CAGGCGCACCCGUCUCCAGCAAGGAGGAAGCGCUGUGAAGUUUCUCAGUGGCGGAAAUACCGAGCGACGCAGCGGGAGACUGUCCUGGCACUGCCAGUGCCCAGGCUGGAAAGAGCGCAGCCUGUCAGGGGUGCCCCAAUCAAGCAGCCUGCGCCUCGGGGACACCCAGAGCACCAGACCCUGCAAUAGAGGAGAUAAAGCAGAAGAUGUCUGCUGUGAAACACAAAGUCCUGGUUCUCUCUGGGAAAGGGGGAGUGGGGAAGAGCACCUUCAGCGCACACCUGGCCCAUGGCUUAGCAGGGGACCAGUCUAAAGAGAUUGCUCUGCUUGAUGUUGACAUCUGUAGGCCUUCAAUACCGAGGAUCAUGGGGCUGGAGGGAGAGCAGGUUCACCAGAGUGGCUCUGGAUGGUCCCCAGUGUACGUUGAAGACAAUCUGGCAGUGAUGUCCAUCGGCUUUCUCCUGAGCAGUCCGGAUGACGCCAUCUGGCGGGGUCCCAAGAAGAACGGCAUGAUCAAGCAAUUCCUGAGAGACGUGGACUGGGGGGAAGUGGACUAUCUGAUCGUGGACACCCCUCCCGGCACCUCGGACGAGCACCUGUCUGUGGUGCAGUACCUGAGCGGGAUGCAUAUCGACGGGGCUGUGCUCAUCACCACCCCGCAGGAGGUCUCCCUGCAGGAUGUCCGGAAAGAGAUCGCUUUCUGCCGGAAGGUGAAUCUGCCGAUUAUCGGAGUGGUUGCGAACAUGAGCGGCUUUGUGUGCCCCAAGUGCAAGAAUAAUUCUCAGAUCUUCCCUCCUACCACAGGGGGUGCAGAGAAGAUGUGCAGGGAGCUGAACAUUCCUCUGCUUGGGAAAGUGCCUUUGGACCCUCGGAUAGGAAAGAGCUGCGAUGAAGGGAAGUCUUUCUUAUCAGAAGUGCCAGAUUCUGCAGCCACAGCUGCCUAUAGAAUAUAAUUCACGGUAUCAAACAGUACUGCAGAUCUCAUAACCUACAAACAGAAAUAUUUGAAUGAGAAACCAACCCCACGUUAUUAAGAGCAUAUACUCCCCGGCAGUGAAGAAUCACGACAGACAACAUCCCUGCGACCUCGAGGAGGACAACGCCACAACUCAAACAAACACAAACAUUUUAUUACUGACAAAUAAAAACCUUAUUUUAAACACAGUGCAGUUUCAAAGGCAGUACUAUUCAAAACUAAUUGUUCCAUUACCAAAAAUAAAUAAUUAUAAUAUA